AUGCGCCUGCUCGCACUCGGCUGGACCGCACUCGCUGCGACAGCCGCCCUUGCCCAGUUCGCCUCCUCCCAGCACAUCUUCUCGUACCCGUCUCUCCCACCCACAAGCUGGCAGCCCAUCACUCUCUCGUCCACCAUCGAACUCGGGGGGUCCCUGACUCGCUCGCAGGCCGUCUACACGCUCCAGAAAGACCUCCAGAGUGAUGUCAAGGGCGACAAGUGGGUUGUCGGAGUGAGGCAGGGCGGAAAGGCGGAGGGGUGGGUCGAGGCGGUCGAGGGCAAGGGAGGCGCGAGGCGGCGUGUCGAGAUGGUUGCGGUGGGAAGUGACGACACAACGACCUACUACUCCAUCUCUCUCCAACCGCCCCAUUCCUCCGACAAGACGACCCUAACCCUCUCCGUCGUUCUCCCUCACUCCUCCCAUCCGCACCCUCAAACCCUCCCUCAAACAGCCGACUCAAUCUACAUGCUCUGGACGGGCGACCUCCUCGCUCCACUUCACGGUCUGACGAGCGAACAGAAGAGUAGGUUGGAGGAAGUGAAAGUGAGGGUCAAGACGCCUACGCCGAGGGUCGUGGAUGUCAAGAGUCCCGAGGGGUUCAAGGUGCAUCAGCAGCAGGGGAGCGCGACGAUUACCUUCACGUCGCAGGGAAAAAUUGCCGAGAUGGGCGAGCAGCUCGCAACGAUCCACUACCAGCAACCCGAAGCGGUCGCCUCGAUCCGCAAGCUCGACAGGAUCGUCGAGUUGAGCCACUGGGGCGCCAACAUGGCUGUACAGGACAACAUUGAUUUGUUCAACGCUGGGCCUGCCCUCGAAGGCCAAUUCGCCCGCAUCGACUACCAGAAAAUGAUGAUGCACCGUCGUCACGGCGCGACGGCCCUCUCAGCACUCUCGAUCGUCCUCCCACCCUCGACGCACAGCCCGUACUACUACGACCUAGUCGGGAACGUCUCGACCUCUCGUUUCCGCUCUCCCAAGACACACUCUGCCCUCCUCCCGAGUCAGCAGAAGCGUUCCCCGGCGGUUCUGGAACUCCAACCUCGUUAUCCGCUGAUGGGAGGGUGGAACUACUCGUUCACGAUCGGGUACGACCUCCCACUCGGAGAAUUCGUCAGGAUGCGCAAAGGUGGGAGGUAUGUCGCUGCCGUGCCGUUUUUGACGCCGAUUAGGGACGUCGCGGUGGAUGAUGUGAGAGUGGAGAUUCGGUUGCCCGAGGGCGCGAGGGACAUCUCCGUCCACCCGCCCUUCCCACUCGCCUCGCUCUCCCUCCCUCCCUCGACUCCUCUCCCGCUCUUCUCCCGCAUCCCGACGAUCAAAGAAGGCGGAAACGUCGCAUGGACGUACCUCGACUCGACCGGCCGGCCGACGGUCGUCAUGACCAAGCAGGGAUGUACCGAUCGGCAUGGAGGCGAAGUUUACAUCGAGUACACCCUCCCUCCCGCCGUCGACUUCUUCCAAAAGCCACUCGCGUGCGCGGCAGUUCUCAGCUCGCUCUUCCUCGUCGUCAUCGUCGCCAAGCGUGUCACGUUCGGGAUCGCGGAGAAGUAG